CUUCCUCUCAGUUGAGUGAUACAUUCGACACGACGAAUAAGCAUAAUUAGUGGCCCCCCUUCUGUUAACAAUUUUGGUAAACUUUUCUCUCACUCGCGAAUGAACGUAUGUACACGCAAGUAAGCCUUGUACAUGUAUGUUCAUACCUUCGUGCAAUUCGAGCAAACCUCCCCCCUGGUGAGUACAUUUUUGGCCGUAAUUAUACACAGAGCCGCUCACCCUUUGCAACGGCAUUUUCGAUGAGAAUUUCACAAAAUGGAAACUAAGAACACCACGCAAGCAUCCAAGCUGGGUGAACAGAAUGAGGCUAAGUCAACGUACGAACAAAUUGAAAAGGAUAGAGUCCAACUGGUCUCCAAGAUAGAAGAGUUAUAUCAGGAUGUCGUCGAGCACAAACUCGUACUGGAGGCCUUGGAGAAUGUCCCCGCUGACAGACGGUGCUACAGAAUGGUUGGAGAAAUACUGGUCGAAAGAACUGUUGGUGAGAUUAAACCAGCUUUGGUAGACCAUAAAAACAAGGUGGAGCAAAUCAUAGCCGAGUGCCAGAAGAAGUUGGACGAGAAGAACUCUGAACUUACAAAAUUUGUGAAAAAGUAAUUUUUCUUGUGUCCUUUUUUUUACUACAUUUUGUGGUUGCCCUUUCAUGUUGUUACCCCCAGCCACCUUGGUGUAAAUAACUUAUCAUGUUUGCACCUCUUUGAAAAAAACUCCCUUUCGCAGCGCGAAAACGCCCAUAUCGCCAACCGACCUUGCUUCGAAGAAGCCUCAAGAUAGCAGCGGCAGUUUUAGCGACAAGGACAAGAAGGCGG